GUGAUUGUUGUCAUAGCAACAAGACGAGACGCCAAAAGAAGCGAAAAUUCAAAAACAUUAAAACAAGCUUGUUUGAAAUAAUUUUUUAUAAAAUUGGCGUCGUUCUUACACAAAAAUGCCGUCGUUAACAGAAGAAACAGGCGGGCAGACGGUUUGUGAACAGAAUUUGAAAGGUGACGAGGAUAAAUAUCCCAGGUAUGUACCGUACGUUUUAUUAACGUCGUAUUAUUUAUAUUUUGGUCGGUCCGGUCUGUUUGUAUGUUGUUUGACAGUACUGAAUACUAGAGACAGAUCAUUUGUGAACAUUCAUUAUCCAUCUCGCUGAGGCACUGGCUAGAAUAGCGUGAUCUAUGCUGGCAAAUAUGGUUCAUGGAAAGAUCAAGCCUGAUAUUUCCCUGAAUGGAGUUCUCUAAACACCCAUUCAUGCACCAUCACUACUACGACCAUGAUCAUCAAUAUCACUGCCAUCAUCACCAUCAUAUUGAUCACCACCAUCAUCACCGAUCCCAUAUCUAACUUGCCUUUGUUGUAAUGUCUUUUGUUUCGUUCUCGCAUAGCAUUGUAAAUUUCCUAGCGAGUUUGAUUAGAGCUUCUCAUUUAUUUUAUUUAUCACCACUACCAUCACCACCACCACAUCAUCACAAUCAUUAUCACCACUACAACCAUCAUCACAACCAUCAUCACAACCAUCAUCACAACCAUCAUCACAACCAUCAUCAACAUCACCACCACCAUCAUCAUUAUCAACACCAUCAUCAUCAUCACCAUCAUCAUCAUCAUCAUCACCAUCAUCAUCAUUACCAUCAUCAAUCACCAUCAUCAAUCAUCAUCAUCAAUCAACACCAUCAUCAUCAUCAUCAAUCACCAUCACCAUCAUCAUCAUCAUCAUCAAUCAACACCAUCAUCAAUCAUCACCAUCAUCAAUCAACACCAUCAUCAUCACCAUCAUCAUCAUCACCAUCAUCAAUCACCAUCAUCAAUCAUCAUCAUCAAUCAACACCACCAUCAUCAUCAUCAUCAAUCAACACCAUCAUCAUCAUCAUCACCACCACCACCACCAUCAUCAUCAUCACCAUCAUCAAUCAACACCAUCAUCAAUCAACACCAUCAUCAUCAUCAUCACCAUCAUCAAUCACCAUCAUCAAUCAUCAUCAUCAAUCAACACCAUCAUCAUCACCAUCAUCAAUCACCAUCAUCAAUCAUCAUCAUCAAUCAACACCACCAUCAUCAUCAUCAUCAAUCAACACCAUCAUCAUCAUCAUCACCACCACCACCACCAUCAUCAUCAUCACCAUCAUCAAUCAACACCAUCAUCAAUCAACACCAUCAUCAUCAUCAUCACCAUCAUCAAUCACCAUCAUCAAUCAUCAUCAUCAAUCAACACCAUCAUCAUCAUCAUCAUCACCACCAUCAUCAAUCAUCAUCAUCAAUCAACACCAUCAUCAUCAUCAUCAUCAAUCAACACCAUCAUCAUCAUCAUCAUCAUCAUCAAUCAUCAUCACCAUCAUCAUCAUCAUCAUCAUCAAUCAACACCAUCAUCAUCAUCAUCACCAUCAUCAAUCAACACCAUCAUCAAUCAUCAUCAUCAAUCAACACCAUCAUCAUCAUCAUCAAUCAACACCACCAUCAUCAUCAUCAUCAUCAUCAAUCAACACCAUCAUCAUCAACAUCAUCAAUCAACACCAUCAUCAUCAUCAACAUCAUCAUCAAUCAACACCACCAUCAUCAUCAUCAUCAUCACCACCAUCAUCAUCAUCAUCAUCAUCAACACCACCAUCAUCAUCAUCAUCAUCAAUCAACACCAUCAUCAUCAUCACCAUCAUCAUCAACAUCAUCAUCAUCACCACCAUCAUCAUCAAUCAUCAUCAAUCAACACCACCAUCAUCAUCAUCAUCAUCAAUCAACACCAUCAUCAUCAUCACCAUCAUCAAUCAACACUAUCAUCAAUCAUCAUCAUCACCAUCAUCAUCAUCAUCAUCAUUACCAUCAUCAUCAUCGCCAUAUAUGAUGAUAUACGCAUCAUCAUCACCAUCAUCAUCAUCGCCAUAUAUCAUCAUUACCAUCAUCAUCAUCGCCAUAUAUGAUGAUAUACGCAUCAUCAUCACCAUCAUCAUCAUCGCCAUAUAUGAUGAUAUAUGCAUCAUCAUCACCAGAUUCACCAUCACCACCACCUCACACAUCAAUCAACACUAUCAUCAAUCAUCAUCAUCACCAUCAUCAUCAUCAUCAUCAUUACCAUCAUCAUCAUCGCCAUAUAUGAUGAUAUAUGCAUCAUCAUCACCAUAUUCACCAUCACCACCACCUCACACUAUAUUUACCCAUCAUUUUAGGAUGACAAGAAAGGCUCUCCUAGACAUUUGCAAACAACAUAAACUCUACAGAACACCUUAUCUCACAUCAUCAUCGCCAUAUAUGAUGAUAUAUGCAUCAUCAUCACCAGAUUCACCAUCACCACCACCUCACACUAUAUUUACCCAUCAUUUUAGGAUGACAAGAAAGGCUCUCCUAGACAUUUGCAAACAACAUAAACUCUACAGAACACCUUAUCUCAAUGACGUACUUUACUUACACUUUAAAGGUAUGGCAAUAACCGAGAAUGAAUGAAUGCUUGCUUUCACUGUCCAAAAUCUCUCCCAAAAGUACCAAUAGCAGUCCCAAAAAUUGAAAAGGGGCAUUAUCUCAUAUACAACUCCAUGUUCAUUAACACAGGAUUUUGUAGAAUUGAGAACUUGGAAGACUACACGGGGUUGAAAUGUCUUUGGUUGGAAAGCAAUGGUAUACGUACGAUAGAAGGAUUGGACAACCAGACUGAACUACGUUGUCUGUAAGUGAAAUUAUUAUAUGGCUUUUCAAAAUUCUCUAUUCUGAUUGGUUGACAAGCGGUCCGUAAAAAGCCAUAUCCGGACCGUGGUCCGUAUUUUCCGUAUCUGGACCGGUGUCCCAGAUGUCGUUUAUCUGGCGGGAAAUUUUUGCUUUGCAAACAGAAAACAUUUUUGCUUUUUAAUUUUCCAAUUGUGUGUCAUUAAAAUUUACGAAUAAAAAUUUCAAACAACCAAAUUGUUUUUGAUUGAGCGUGCAUGCCUACCGUAUAUUGUUACCCAGUGAAACUGACGAUAGCCGAUUUAAUUCGCGCAAAAAGCAUAUGGUCACAGACUCAGUUCAGCUAUGUAAUAAACCGAUUAUUGACCUCGCUUGUUCGGUCUGUACUGUGAAAUAUCAGACCUCGGUCCAUACUAAAAAUCUCGAUCUAAUAUUUCACAGUACAGACCUCACGCUCGGUUACACAAUAUUUAACCAUGAUAUUUAACUAAAGCAUUCUCAGUAUAUUUUCUCGUGAGCUCACAAAUCAAUUAAAUCGUUUCAAGAAAUGGACACGCGCUAACAGGUGCAGCGAGGUAUUUUGCCAUAAUGGGUCUUCCUAAUAUUAAGAAUAGACCUUUCCCCUUAUGAAUGAAAUUUUGAUCUAGAUAUGCCUGGACAAAAAUUUCAUCACAGCUUGAAAGAGCAUCACAAAAUUAGUAAUAUUCCGAAGUUUCGUUGCGAAAUGUUGUAAAAUGCGGAUAAUAUAGCCGUGCGAAGUUUGCCGUUUUUCAGUCAUUUUGCAUUACAAACGGGAAAUUGAUAAUCAGAUGAUCAAACUGAUUAUCAAUUUCCCAUUUGUAAUACAAAAUGACUGAAAAACGGCAAACUUCGCAAGGUUAUAUUGUCCGCAUUUUACAACAUUUCGUAACGAAACUUUGGAAUUGAUUACUAAUUUUGUGAUCAAUGCUCUUUCAAGCUGUGAUGAAAUUUUUGUCCAGACUUGUCUACAUCAAAAUUUCACUCAAAAGGGGAACGGUCUAUUGCAAAAGCUCCUUUUUGACGCUGUUCCGUUGCAGCGCCAGAAUUUGCUCGAAAGAUAAAUUAUUGGGUACCUUUACUGACGAAAGUUUGCUUUUUGUUCCUCUUCUAGAUAUCUACAUCAAAAUUUGAUAGAGAAAUUGGAAAAUUUGGAUCAUCUCCCGUUGUUGGACACACUAAACGUUAGCAAUAACUCGAUAAAGAAAAUUGAAAAUAUUGGUAAGCAAAAAUCUCACAUCUUGUAACAAGUUUGUCAACAAGCCGUCAACAAGUUGUCUUCGCACUGCUUGUCCCAAGUUGUCAAUAAGUUUGGAACAAGCUGUUAACAAUUUGUAACAACCUUGUUCAUAUUAUCAGGCCUGUUACAAGGUUGUUCCAACAAGUCCGAUACAGUCGUGAUAUAGCAGUAUUGUCACAAACUUGUUAGAAACAACCUUGUAACAUGCUUGUUAUAUCAUGACUGUAUCAGACUUGUUAGAACAACCUUGUAACAUGCUUGUUAUAUCAUGACUGUAUCAGACUUGUUAGAACAACCUUGUAACAUGCUUGUUAUAUCAUGACUGUAUCAGACUUGUUAGAACAACCUUGUAACAUGCUUGUUAUAUCAUGACUGUAUCAGACUUGUUAGAACAACCUUGUAACAUGCUUGUUAUAUCAUGACUGUAUCAGACUUGUUUGAACAACCUUGUAACAUUCUUGUUAUAUCAUGACUGUAUCAGACUUGUUUGAACAACCUUAUAACAUGCUUGUUAUAUCAUGAUUGUAUCAGACUUGUUAGAACAACCUUGGAACAUUCUUGUUAUAUCAUGACUGUAUCAGACUUGUUUGAACAACCUUGUAACAUUCUUGUUAUAUCAUGACUGUAUCAGACUUGUUAGAACAACCUUGUAACAUUCUUGUUAUACCACGAUUGUAUCAGACUUGUUAGAACAACCUUGUAACAUUCUUGUUAUAUCAUGAUUGUAUCAGACUUGUUAGAACAACCUUGUAACAUUCUUGUUAUAUCAUGACUGUAUCAGACUUGUUAGAACAACCUUGUAACAUUCUUGUUAUAUCACGACUGUAUCAGACUUGUUAGAACAACCUUGUAACAAGUCCGAUAAUGCCAUCAAGCUUGUUACAAGAUGUUAACAGCUUGUUCCAAACUUGUUACAACAACUGGGAACAAGCAGUGCGAACACAACUUGUCGACAGCUUGUGAACAGAUUUGUAACAACUUGUUUGCAGACUUGUAACAACUUGUGUGUCUUUACAUGUGUAGUACCAAACUAACAGACUAAAAAACUCACGCAGCGAUUAUUUGUGAUGCUCUUUCAAGCUGUGAUGAAAUUUUUGUCUAGAUCAAAAUUUAGUCUAUAAUGCAAAUGGUCCAUUGGAAAGGCAGAUAAUUCUACCGAUUCCGAUUGUCUACCGAUAAGACAAAAAUUGGCCCGGUAGGCGAUAUCAAUAGACAAUUCUCAUUAUAGACUCCUAAUUUUUCAUCUCGGCAAAAAAAAUAUAUUUCCGGAAAGAGAAUACUAAAAUUAGUACAGUUACAAAGUUUGGUUGCGAAAUGUUGUAAAAUGCGGAAAAUAUAGCCUUGCAAGGUUCGCAAAUUUUGUACAUUCGGGCCGAAAAUGGUAGCAAUUUCCGCACGCAAUACAAAAGUAUACAAAAUUUGCAAACUUUGCAAGGCUUUAUUUUCCGUAUUUAACACUAACAUUUCGCAACCAAACUUUGCAAUUUUACUCAUUUUAGUAUGCUCUUUCUAGCUGUGGUGAUUUAUUUAUCUCCUUGCCUACUUUUAAAAUUAGUCUAUAAUGGGAAUUGUCUAUAUUAUCGGUCAAUCCCGACUAACUUUGUUAAUCUAAUAUUUUCCUGUUUUAUUCACACAAGCGUGCCUUCCAAAGUUAAACACGCUACAGAUUGCCCAUAACAGACUGAAGAGCGUCGAGGACGUUGACGAACUACGAAAAUGCGAGUAUUUGAGGUUUGUUGAACAUUUUGUGCAAUGUGUCUGGACGUCUGUGGUUGUGAGCUGCGAUUCCUAGAAUUUCUUGCUGUUGUUUGAUGUCGUGUUCUGCUCUGUUCUUAUUUUUAGCGUCCUCGAUUUGUCUCACAAUCAGUUGGACGAUCCUGAGAUACUUGACGUGUUUUCCGCCAUGGCUAAAGUUGUAAGUCGUUAGUCACUUAGAGUUGGGUCGACUCCAGCUUCAUCUGGAAGGAGGGGUGCAGGUUUUCCAUGGGGUGGUGCAUGAGGGAGCCUUACUGCCCACUCUCCUCUGCAAUCUGCAACGCUACUAUCCCAACAUUACCAUUAUUUGAGAUGGCUGAAUCUGCAUGUUCGCCGUUCUGUUAUGUUUUACAUUAUCUUUUGAUUAUAAAGUUUAUAUAUCUGCUUUUUAUCACGUAUGCGUGACUGGACAGUUGCUGUAGCAUAGUACAGUAAAUUUGCUUGUUUUAGCACAGUAUAUUUGAAAAUAUGGUUGUAUAACAACCUCGACAUGUUUACAUAUUGAAGCAUUCCGAGUAGUUUCUCGUCAGCUCACAAAUCAAUUAAAUCGUUUCAAGAAAUCAACACGCGCUAGAAUGCUAUUAUACGUGCGGAAAUUGUUACCAUUUUCUACUCAAAAAUGAUAACAAUUUCCGCACGUAAUACAAACAUAUACACAAUUUGCAAACUUUGCAAGGCUAUAUUUUCCAAGCUUCAUAACAUUUCGUAACCACAUUUUGCAAUUUUACUAAUUUUAAUAAGUUCUUUAGUCUUUACGGGCAUUUUCUUUUUUUGCUUAGGUAAAAAAUUAGUCUAACAUGCCAAUUGUCUAUUGCAUCUUAAUCGUUUUCAUAGAGUGUCAUCAAUUUGAUUGGAAAUCCUGUUAUCAAGAAGAUCAAGCAUUACAGGAAACAAAUGAUUUUAAAAGUCGUAUGUAUAUCCUAACCUAUAUCAUGCAUCAAUGCAUGUCCACAUGAAGUUUUUAAGUUCAACAUAAUAAUGUUUUUCCUUUAGAAAAAUCUAAAAUAUUUGGACGACAGGCCUGUGUUUCCAAAAGAACGCGCUUGUACUGAAGCUUGGUAAGUGUUGAAUUUUUAAAAAAAACAUUGUAUUGAACCAUAUAUUUACUGUAUAUUGUUUUUGUGCAUUGUUUUUACACACGAAAAAAUCUGACAUCUGUAGCAAGUCUGCCAACAAGCCGUCAACAAGUUGUGUUCGUACUGCUUCUUGUCCUAAAUUGUCAACAAGUUUGGAAGAAGCUGUUAACAACUUGUGACAACCUUGUUGAUAUUAUUAGACUUGUUACAAGGUACGUUAUUCCAACAAGUCCGAUACAAUCAUGAUAUAACAAUAUUGUUACAACCUUGUGUCGUCAACCUUGUAACAUUCUUGUUAAAUCAUGAUAAUGCCAUCAAGCUUGUUACAAGUUGUUAACAGCUUGUUCCAAACUUGUUACAACAACUGGGAACAAGCAGUGCGAACACAACUUGUCGACAGCUUGUGAACAGAUUUUAUAACAACUUGUUUGCAGACCUGUAACAACUUGUGCGUUUUCACAUGUUUACACAGGUAAAAACGCACAAGUUGUAACAAACCUGCAGCAGACUUGUAGCAAUGCUGUUCCAACAACUUCUCAACAGGAUGUGUUCGCACUGCUUGUUCCCAGCUUGUUGACAACUUGCUACAAGGUUGUUAAGCUCAACAGACUUGUUACAAGUUGUUCCAACAACUUGUUAUCGUCCUGCAAUUCAGCAAUUUGUCAACAAGUUGUGAGUGACAACCUUGUAGCAACUUGAUGAAAUAACAGCAUUGUUACAACUUGUUGACAAGUUUGCUACAAGCCUGUUGCGAACACAUCUUGUUGACAAGUUGUGUUCGCACUGCUUGUCCCAAGUUGUCAACAAGUUCGGAACAAGCUGUUAACAACUUGUAACAACCUUGUUGAUAUUAUCAGACUUGUUACAAGGUUGUUCCAGCAAGUCCGAUACAGUCAUGAUAUAACAUUAUUGUUACAACCUUGUGUCGUCAACCUUGUAACAUUCUUGUUAUAUCAUGACUGUAUCAGACUUGUUAGAACAACCUUGUAACAAGUCUGAUAAUGCCAUCAAACUUGGUACAAGUUGUUAACAGCUUGUUCCAAACUUGUUGCAACAACUGGGAACAAGCAGUGCGAACACAACUUGAACCUCGCUAAUGUUAUCGUUAAGGGAACGAGGUGGUAUCGAGGCCGAGAAAGAAGAGAGAGAAUUAUGGCUGAGCAGAGAACGCAGAAAGAUCAUGGACAGUGUCAAUGGUAUGUCACAGGGAUGGAUUUAGCAACACCUCCCCCAGCCCUGGCCAGAGGGGGUACUAUUUUUCACGAUAAAGCAAAAUGAGAUACAGUAAUUUGAGUAAUAACAUGAUGAUAAGCGAACUGUGAACAACAAUUACAAUUCAAAUACACUAGUCAAGCAAGACUUUGCAGUAGUGAAGCAAGUUGAUGGGCGGGCGGCACACAUGAACGACACAACUCGGCACCAGAGCUGGCAGAGCACCCCCUCCCCUACCAGAUCAUGCUGGAUCCAUCCCUGGUAUGUCACCUUCCUAAAAUUUUGAUAUUCAAUGGAUGAUUCUAGCUAACAAAGUUUGCAUGCUUAUACGUUUCAUCGAUGUUUAUGUACAAUUUUCUGAACUGGUUUUCGAUGUAGCAUUUAUAAAUUGAGCAGCAUGCAGUGUUUUAUCAGAUAUGUUUUAAAUUGCUUCAAAAACGAUCGAUCUAGUAAGUUCAUUGGCGACGUAAUUUUCAAAAAAUACGUUGUGUAAGUCGAGAAAAUCAAAGUUAAAGUUUAUGUAAAUAAAGGGAAAUCUCUAUCACAUAUAAAGAUACGACACGCUUAUGAUUUUUCUUUGUGAUUUCCUCAUGAAUUAUUAAUGAGUUUUUGAAGUUUAUGUACGAUUUUCCAAACUUGUUUUUUGCAACACAUAGGUUUUUAAGUUACACACAGGUUUUUAAGUUGAUCAAAUGUUAUGUUCUAUUCUAGCGUUGGCUGAAAUACGCGAGAGAAACAGGAGAGAACAAGAGCAUGAAAUACUUGAUGAAAAUCGAGAUAAGGUACUAUUAUCUAUAUCCAUUUAUAUAUAAUAACGUUAAGAAUUCUAGCGCUUUUAUUGGUCGAGAGCCAUGAUCUAUCAGAGGACAGACGCCCGGAAUUACGUCACCCAAAACCUUAUCCAAUAGCAUUCCCUUAGGCCAAAAAAUAUAUGUGGGUUUCCGGUUUCCCGACCCUACCUAGCUUUUGGACGUCGAAAUCCCGACCCUAAACUUUUUUAUUGGAUCAUGCUUGUAAGUGUUUCCACUUAGAGGAAAAAGUUUGUGGAAAAUUGAAAUUUGAGGCAAUAUUAGGGAAAUUUAUCUUUGGAUGUGGAAGCACUGACUAAACAAAAUGCCGUCCGGUUGUUAGGAAAAUUUAAAAAAAAAGUUAAAAAAAAAAGUUAAAACCGACCUACCCUACCUAAGUUUUUAUAAGAAGAAGAAAUAAUAAGAAUUUUUGACAAUUUCACGUAUCAAUUUUGUUUUGGUUUACUCCGUAGGAGAAGACGGCCGAAGGAACUCCAAUAUUUAAACUUGACAACGAGGACGUUGAAAGGGAGAUUGAAGAAACGGACAAGAAAGACUCAGAAAGUCCACAUAAUGACGACAAGAUUGAGUUGAAAACAAACAGCGACGGUAUAAACAUUAUAAACCAGCUAGCCAUUUAUAUAUAGCACUUGAAUUUACAUGCAUUAUUGACUGCGCUGUUGAUGUUUGAACGUUCGACAAUUAAUGUUUUUGAAAAUUAGCAUAA